CCCUCCGCAGGACACUUCACUGGGGGAAAGGCUGCUCGAGAAGGACUGAACAUGUCCUGAAUACUGAUGUUCUCUCAGCGAGCCUCUUCUGUCCAUGAGGAGAUUUACAGGAGGCUUGCUUUCUUUCUUUCUUUGUAGCCUCUUUAUAACACAGUGGACAAUAUAAUCACAUUCAUCUGUCCUCAACUGAUUUCCAAACCGAACGCCUGUGCAGAGAAGCCGUCCUCAGCCAGAUCUCCACUGUCCUCAAUCUUUCACCCCUGCACAGAUAUCUGCUGAGGGACGAUUACGCCACAGACUAAUACAGCAGACAUUUCAGUCGUGUUUCUUGUUCCACAACAGCCUAAACCAGAGACGUGAACAGAAACAGUUUGACUGGGAAUAGAGAGGGAUUGGAGAGUGUUCACUCCCGGAAAACAUUGGAAAUGGCCCUUUAGAGGGAACAGUCCAGCUUUUGGAGGAGGAAACCAAAGAGAUUAGCCAAUGCACAUAAAUGGAGGAUACAGAACAACAGAAGAAAAACUGUGAAACAGGAACACAGUAAGUAAACGAUGGAAUAAAAAUAGAUGAUUAAAAAUAGGAAUAAGAGCACUGACUCAUUCAGAUCCCACAUCCAGAGCCCCUAACCAAAGUGGAGAGCUGAGAAAGGCAUGGACAAAUAGAAACCAGUGUCCGUAACUUCACCAUGGGCUCACCCAGGCACAGCACACCCACUCCUGGAGCUACUGGACCAGGGCAAAGGUCAACAUAGAUGGACAUGAGGUCUAGAACACUUGCGGAUGGUGUCUGGAUGUAGGGAAGGGGUCAGGGCAGGGCAUAGCAGAGAUGGAUGGAUGGAUGCUUUCACUUACACUUAUAAGUCUGAUUGUGAUUAAAUCUGUGUUGAAAUCAGUUAUAUUCAAGAAGCACACACAAUUCCUCCUACUCCAGUAAAAGCAGUUGGGUUACAGCUUAUGUAGAACACGUUUACAUAUUUUAUAAAUGAAGUCUAUACAGUCUAAUAGACAUCUAAACACAGACGUCUUGGCUAAAUCUGGGCUGUCAGUGAAAGUCUAACAAGACUGGUCAUCAAGCAGACAUUAUGACGGAGGACACACAUGAAGUCUGAUCAAUCUGUGUAUUUGAUAACUGGCCUUGGAAUAACCCUUCUCCAUUAUACCAGUUCAGAGAGUUUAAUUACAUCAGCUUUAUUUAAUAUUCUCAUUUCUAUGCAAAUGUAGGAAUUUUAAUAGUCAAGCUGCUUGUAUGAUCUGUCCUGUGCUCAUAUCAGCGGUGUCAAACCCAGCUCCUGGAGGCCGUCAGUUCCAGCCCUGCUCCAACACACUCACCUGGAGGAUUCACACAAGCCUGGAGGACUCCGUCAGUGUGAUCAGGAGCGUUUAAUCAGGGUUAAAGCUGAACUGUGCAGAGCUGCGGCCCUGGUGCUUGACACCGCUGCUGUAAAUGAUCAGAAAACUCUUCAGCUUCACUGUUAAUCUGUUGAUCUCCAAUAAAGCGCAGUGCUGAGCUGAGUAGUAACUGAUGUAAUGUUUGAUAGACACCCGGACUUUAAACAGCCAGACUCCACCAUAAACACUGUAUUUCACGUGUGUGUGUGUGUGUGUGUGUGUGUGUGUUUGGGAGGGGUUACAAACGUGCUCAAUUAAAUGAUGAAAAGAAAGACACCACUGCAAACUGUGGAGGCAACUGAAGGCUAAAAUGAGGGAUUAUGACGACAUCACGUCUUUUCUGGGAACAUGGGGUCAAUUCCAGCUCACGGUCUUCUUAGCCUUAGCGAUUAGCAUCCUCCCUAAUGGGUUUGUGGGCCUGUACAUCGUGUUUGUGGGCGAUACGCCGGCUCACGAGUGUCUGAUCCCAGAACAGAUCAACAUCAGCAGUGUGUGGAGAGACGCCGCCAUCCCGACGCAGAUGCAGGACGGAGUGUUAAAGCGCAGCUCCUGCUCCAGAUACAGGCUGGACACACUGCGGCAGCUCUCCAUGCUGAACUACACCCCCAAUGUGGAGGUCAACCUCAGCCAGAUCGAGACGGAGCCCUGUGUGGACGGCUGGAGCUACAGUCAGGAGUUUUACCAGUCCACCAUCGUGACAGAGUGGGAUCUGGUCUGUGAGCGCGAGUAUAAAGGCCCGCUCACCUCCUCUAUAUACUUCUGUGGUGUUUUAGUGGGAACCUUCCUAUCAGGCCAGAUGUCUGACAGGUAUGGUAGAAGACCUGUCCUCUUCGCCAUGAUGGCUCUGCAGACCAUCACCAUCCUCAUCCAGAUGUUUUCUCCCAGCUGGGAGGUCUUCAGCGCCAUCUACUUCUUUGUGGGAUUCAGUGGUUUCUCUAAUUAUGUUGUAGCAUAUGUCCUAGGCAGUGAGAUUCUGAGUCCAGCGAGUCGGGUUCUGUUCGGGUCUCUGGGGGUCUUCAUGGGCUCUGGAAUCGGGCAGAUGUUCUUUCCAUUAGCAGCUUAUUUCAUCCGCAGCUGGCGAUGGCUGGUCCUGACAAACGCCCUCACUGGCCUGCUGUAUUUCCCAUUGUGGUGGUUUAUUCCUGAAUCUCCACGAUGGCUCCUGUCUCAGGGCCGAACGGCGGAGGCUGAAGCCGUACUGAGGCGCGCUGCUGAGAAGAACCGUGUGACGGCUCCAGAGGUCAUCUUCAGCUCCUCAGAGAUUGAGGAAGCCGCAAAGAAGAGGAUUCAAAAGCACAGCAUUCUGGACAUUCUGAGCAACUGUAACGCUGUUUCCACCAUCCUGAUCUGUUCACUUCUGUGGAUGGUCAUCACAAUGUCAUACUACGCUCUCAUCCUGAACACCACAAACCUCCAUGGGAACCCGUACCUGAACUUCUUCCUGUCGGCGGUGGUGGAGGUGCCGGCGUACAUUAUUGCUGCGCUGCUGCUCAGAUUCUGCAGCCGGAGGAUCUGCCAGGCCUCCACUCUCCUGCUGGGCGGAGCGCUGAUCUUCAUCAUACAGCUGAUCCCCACAGAGCUGCAGGGUUUGUCUACGGCACUGGAGAUGCUGGGUAAACUGUGUGUGACGGCUGCGUUCUGUGUGGUUUACGCCGUGACCUCUGAACUCUUCCCUACGGUGGUGAGGAACAUGGCCAUGGGCUCCUGCUCCAUGACGGCCCGCAUCGGCAGCAUCAUCUCGCCCUUCAUCAUAUACCUGGGGAACUACUACAGGUACAUUCCCUACAUUGUGAUUGGCGGUCUGGCCCUGUUUUCUGGCGUAAUGUCGUUACUGCUGCCCGAGAGCAAAGGAAAGGUUCUGCCAGAGACCAUCGCUCAGAUGCAGAGCGUACGAGGGUAA